UGAUGCGGCAGUGGCCGCAGCGAACCCGCGCCGCGGCCCCGCACAGCUCGCACCGGCGGGACCCCUCCACCGCUACCGCCACCGCCGCCGCGUUGUCACGGCAACCCUUCCGGGACGAUCUCCGCCGCAUCCGGCGGAAGGCGAGGCGGGGCUCGGUGCGGGGUGUUGGUGGGGGGUGGUGGGAGGGGAAAGCUUUUUCCGUUGCGGACUAAUGGCGGAGGCGGCGCCGUGCGGGAGCGCGGCCGAAGCGCGGGUGCGGGCGUGGGCUGCGGGGCACGCGGCGCGCGGGCGGCGCGUGGCGCUGGUGACGUCGGGCGGGACGCGCGUGGCGCUGGAGGCGCGCGCGGUGCGGUUCCUGGAGAACUUCAGCAGCGGCAGGCGCGGGGCGGGCUCCGCGGAGCGGCUGGUGGCGGCGGGGUACGCGGUGUGCUUCCUGCACCGCGCCCGCUCCGCCUUCCCCUGGGCGCGCAGCCUUCCGCAGCACGGAGCCGCGCUGCUCGACGCCUUCCGCCUCACCCCCGGCGACACCCCGGCAGUGGCCGCUGAUCCCGCGGCGCUCCCCGCGCUGCUGCCCGCACUGCGGGAUUACCACCGCGCCACCGAGGAAGGGGUGCUGCUGCCCAUCGAGUUCACCGCGCUCGAGGAGUACCUGGAGCUGCUGCGCGCCGCUGCUCGAGCGCUGGCGCCGUUCGGUUCCAGUGUCAUGUUCUACCUGGCAGCCGCUGUGUCCGAUUUCUACAUCCCGACCUCGGAGAUGCCUGAGCACAAGAUCCAGUCCUCGGAGGGACCCCUUCAGAUCACACUGAAGAUGGUGCCAAAAAUGCUGUCUCCUCUCGUCAAAGAAUGGGCCCCAGAGGCAUUUGUUAUCUCCUUUAAACUGGAGACGGAUCCCUUGAUCUUAAUCGAUAAAUCCAGGCAGGCUCUGGAGAAAUACCAUCACCAGGUGGUGGUAGCAAAUAUCCUGGAGUCCCGGAGAACCUCCGUUAUUAUCGUCACCAAAGACUCACAGACUCCGUUAUCUCUUUCCGAUGAGGAAAUAGCUCAAGGCAUGGAAAUAGAGGAGAAGAUAGUGAACUAUCUGCAGGGCCAGCACACCCUCUUUAUAGAGAAGAAGGUCUGAGGACCAGCUCUGAAUGAAACUGGAGAGAUUUUCUGUCCCAGGUAAAUGCUCAGCGGAACCUGAUGUGAAAAGCUGCCGUCCAGAACAGCAUCACUUCUCUGCACCGUGGUAAUGGUUAUUGUUGCUUGUUUUGAAAAAUCAAAAUACACUGAAGUGAAGCCGUGCCAGAGGAUGGUAUUCCUUCUGGUGUUUAAAGAAGGAAAGGAUAUGUUGCUUUAUUCCUGUUCUGUGGACUGGGAGAACUGGGAGGUGGAGAAAUGUUAUCUAUGUCUGUAUAUAAAAGAUUUUCUUGAAUCUG